GGGUAUUGGUUACCAAAAAUAUGGCGGAUCACCCAAAACAAUUUUGGAAUGUUAUUUUGCUGACAAGUUUUGAAAGUGGUUUCUUACGCUAAUCUACAGCCAAUGUUUGGAUAUUUGGUUAUUGGAGGUCUGGAGAUUUAUCAGUAUCAUUUCGGGGAUGCAAUAUAAAGUGCGAAAGGCCUGCUCGAACCACUGUGUCCACUUGACAACAUAAUUGUUGAACGUCUCAUAUUCAUCGUUAUUUUCCGUUCGAUUUCUGGCCUUAUAAACAAUUCUAUACAAUGGCGGACGAUCUAGCAAGUUUUAUUGAGUCACAGAAAAGAAAAUUGGAAAAAGAAAGAGCAGAAAUAUUGCGUGCACAAGAAAGUGAGGUGAGAUUACUUUGCAUGUGAUUAUUCUAGCUCAGCUGCCUUCUCGUUUUGGAGGCGGGAAAACUUUUUUCCUUGUUUCUUUUCGUUGGCCCCUCUAAGAUCGCCUCGGUGUAAGAACCUGUAAAACUCACGAGCGGCGUAAAACAAAGGAAACAAAGAAGUCGACACAAUAUAAUAGAACCUAGAAAAACAAAGGGUGCGAAACAAAGAAAAUGUUCACAGGUUCUAACCCCCAAGAUCAGGUGCUGUAACUCUACAGUCUUGGUUCUAAGCAGAAGGAAUAGAUUUUAGCAAUACAAUUAAAACAAUUUUCUUGAGGGGUAUCACACUCUCUGGGAAGACAAGCAAAUUUCAUAUUCAUGUAAUUGUAUAUCCAUACUAGAAAUUAAAAUGAGCAGAGAAAAUUCAGAAAGUUAUUUGGAGAGGAAUGCCAUUAUCAGAUGCACCGUAUGAGAAUCAUUUGAAAAUUCUGAGUACGACUUCCAUUUAGAACAUAAACAAGGUUUCAUAUAUAGUCAAAGAGGCGGAGUCAAAAUCAUUGAACUGGGUUGAGCCAUGAUGCCGGUUACGAGCUCCCUGUGGUCUACCAGGAUGUCUUGUGAUGUGAGCCACAGUAUAAAUCAUGUGACAAAAUUUCAAGCUCUAUCACGUGGAAAGGAUUCCAAGAUGAAAUCGAAUGCUUGUACACUAUAAAAAUAGUUUUUGAUCCUUUGAUACCUCGUUUAUGUUCAAAUACGCCAAAAAAGUAGCUUAGUAAAUUUUAUGUGAUAAUCAGUUUCUUUUUUAUUGUUUAUUUUUACGGAUUGCCAUUUGAGUAUGCAGCAGCUAGCAUGUACUAUCCAAAAAAAUUUUUGAUGAGCAGGAUUGAGUACAGUACCUCUGUAAUUUGAAUUCCCCAAAAGACUUCUUGCCUGGUAGGCAAGUUAAGGAUAGAAUUCACUAGCCCAAUAACAAAAUCCAUGAUCCCCAGGCUAUUUCACACUACUCUCUUUUCUUGCUGAAUAAGGCCCUGAAAAGUUAAUCAAAAUAUUUCCAAUAAUACAAAGUUUGUCGUUGUCCAUGAAAGAUAAAGUAAAUUUUUGUGUUAUACUUGGAUAUCCCUGAUUUUAAACUUUUGAUUACUGCCAUCAGGACCGCAGCAGAACAAGCCCAAGAGGAUAUAAACCUGACAACCGGUAAUAUUACCUUAGGGACUUGUCAGAAAUUAGCAGGGGGGGAGGGGGGUGGGAAUUUUAAAUUUGGGUUCAGAAAUGAGGUGACCCAUCCCUGCAAUGGGAGUGAAAUUUGCUAACCCUCCCCUUGACCUUGACCUAAAAUAUCAUGAUCCUUCCCCUCUUGUAUAAGUGAUAAAGUCUAGUUCUUGCAAUACACUAUGGUCAGUCAGUAUUAUGAAAGCUCAAAAUAUAUUUCUAAUUUGUUCUUUUUAAUGCUAUACACAUGCAUUUUAGAUGACAACAUUAUUUUAAAUUUUAGAGUCUGACUCUGAUUCUGACAGCUGAUCACUCGACUCUCCUAUUUUUCCCAGGUUUUUUUACAAAAUAAAGAACCUCCUUUUUCUUCUAUGGGUGAACUUCUACAUGAUUACGGGCAUAUAUUUGCAUGACCCUCCCUCUUUUAACAGCCCAUUUUUCAUGAUCCCUCGCUUUUCUGAGUCUCAAAAAGUUGUGACCCUCCCUCUGUUUCCACCUCCCCUCCCUCCUGCUAAUUUCUGACAAGUCCCUUAGUGAAAUAUAAUCCAUAUUAUAAUAUAUUAUUUUUCAAUGUUAAAUUAAGCUGGAUAAGUGAUGAAAAGUUAUCUUUCUGAAAAAUUUUGAAUUUUUUAGAAUUAUUAAGAGAGUAUGAAUAACAAGUCCUUUUGCCAGGGCUCUUGCUAAGAUCUGGGUAUAAUUAUUAUGAAUCAGUAGGCAGCGAAUUGAACGGCUAGGAAGUCCCUUUGGUUGUACUGCCCUUUUGUUUCCUCCACAGGGAAAUCCCUGGCCUCUGCCCCUUAGUAAUGGCCUUGUUCUAAAGUCCCUAAAUUUGUUGAUCAGGCCCCAGUUGUUCAAAAGUUGGAUAGCAGUAUCCACCGGAUAAAUCACUAUCCAACGGAUAAGUGUUAGGGAAACCAAAACGAGCUAUCCAGUGAAUAGUGAUUUAUCCAGUGGAUAGCGUUACCCACAUUUUGAACAACUGGGGCCAGUUCUGAAGUUAGUAAACAAUGCAAAAAUUUACAUUGUAUGUUUAUUGCUAGUUUAAGUGAAAUAGAGAUACAUAACAAUUAUUCACCGAAGUGGAGGUGGCUAGUCGUGGGUAUUUACCGAACUGCGAAGCAGUGAGGUAAAUAUCCACGACUAGCCACCGACACUGAGGUGAAUAAUAAAUUGUUUUAGUAUAUACUAAAACAGUGAGAUAAUUGAGCACAAAAAUGAUGAUUUUUAACUCAAAUACUGUUGCCAACGAUUACAAUUUUGGCGCGUAAUAACCGGGCGGCCGCGGCCAUCGCUUUUUCUUGCCGACAAUUAAAACUUUUGAAGGCAUUUGUUUAGCUCUUGUGGGGAAAUUUCUUCAAAAGGAGUUGUGAAUUCUUUUUGUAUUUAAAAUCAUUCUAUAAAAAAAGAUUAUUAAAUUUAGUUUUAAGCUUAUUAUUGAACAACUCAACUAAAUAAAGUAAUGCAAGACUUCCCUGAGAGGUUUUUGUCCGGGUACUCCGGUUUUCCCCUCUCCUCAAAAACCAACAUUUCCAAAUUCCAAUUCGACCAGGAAUCAGGUAGACGAAGAACCACUAUGUGGAUGUGCUACCUGCAAAUUGUUAUUUAUUUAUUUAUUUAAAUUUAAUUUGCAUUUGUAAACAAAAGACUUUUUCACCGGUUUUAUCGAUAAAUUCAAGUAAAAAAGACAAAGCUUUAUCUGUUAAAACUUCCAAACCGAACUUCGUCACCUUCUUCGUGUAUUUCGGAAACAGCUUGCUUGAUUAGUUGUGAAAUUUCUUUGUUUGUUUACAGCAGCAAACCAGAAAGGCAUUUUGCUCGCAACUUACGCAAGUUUGGCGUCGCUUGCUUGGAGGAACUGGAGGUGAAUCAGUGAAUAGUGCGGGAUAUUCACUGAUUGAGUAGCCAAUCAGAGUGCGCGAAAAACACUAUCCACUGUUUUAGUAUAUACUAAAAGAAAUUAUGUAACUUUGUAAUGUCCCGUUUGUAUUUGUUUAGGCAUAUUCAUGAAGGAUCUCCUCCAGGACCUGAGACCAGGGUCAAAGCUAAAGGUACCGUAAUGUCAGAUGACUUACUUUUAUUUUCUGUGGUGUAAUCCAUACACUUUUUUUUAAAAUUUUCAAAUGAACAGGUCAGUCUCACACAGUUCUUCUCAUAGUUGUUAUUCUUGCACUCAUUGUCCAGUUGGUGAGUGCUCAUAAUUAGUCAGCUGUCUUUUUUUAUAAAAUCUUGGUGGCUAAAUGAGUGAUGUGUGGUAUAGUAGAAAACUAAUUCUGCGCUUCAAAGAUCAUGGUAUUUAUUAAAAUAAACAGUUAAGCUGUUUAGUGCAGAGAGUUAAUGAGGUGUUUUACUGCAAUACUGUACCUUAGUGUACUUCCUCACAAAGCAAUGUCCUGUCUCCUAGCUAUAAUAAUAAUAAUAUUACUAUUAUUCAUGAAUUAGGGCUAGGGGACAAAAAAAAAAUUGAGAAUCAAUGUAGGUUAAAAAAUUUUUAACCUGCAUUCAAUUUUGACUUGUACAGCAUGUAUCUGUUCAUUUGUUUGUCCGAGUCUUUUAGGGAGAGGGGAGUCUAAAUUUGAUGAUGCCAAAACUACGUUUGUUAUUGCAUUACCGUAUUUUCUCAAUUUAAUGCCCCCGGCGUUUAAUUCAAACUUGGCCUUGUGGACCGGCGUUUGUUUGAAUUUUGCAGUUUAUUCGAACUUACUGUUACUAAAGAAAAGUUUUUAUGCCUUUUUCUUGACAGCCGUGUAUCUUGACUUUAUACCGUUAGUUCAUUAUACCACAGAUAAACGUCUGGGGGGGGGGUGUAUCUACAACUUCCCCUCCAAGACCCGGCAUUUAUUCGGGGCCUGGCGUUAAAUCGAGAAAAUACGGUACUUAAAUGAUAAAAAUUAAUUUGGUUUUACUUAGAUAUUCCAUACAAUAACCAUAGAUAAGGAAGAUUGAGGAAAUGUCUCAUUGCAUCAGGUUUUCUUCCCAUAUACUUCCCGUAGCUUAAAAUGUGUCAAAAUAUAUGCCCAUAGCAGUUCCACAUCAUCAUCCAACCUUCCCAUACCAUUCCCACAUAUGGGUCAGAUAUGGCCCAAACUUUCCCAUAUCAUUACCAUACCUUUGCUUUGGUAAGGGUAUAUUCAGAAACUAAAUUAGAGUUAUCCUUCAUUUAUAUUAUUGGUCAUUGGUUAGUUUUUUUCCGAGAUAGGAUUUCUAGGAUGUAUUGUAAUCUGAUGUGCUUGUGGGUUUGUUUUUAUGCAGCUCCUGUUGAAGAUGACAGUAAUCUUGGUGGACUUAAUUUAGGUGGUUAUGAAAAGCAUCAGCAAAAGUUACGGCAAGAGAGAAAAGAGGAAUACAGAAAGUAUCUGGCAGAGGUAUCGUAUGUAUCAUGAUUAUAGUCAAGUUGAAAGAAGUCACAACCCAUGUUUUUGUACAAUUUAUUAGAACUAACUUUCUCUUUUUUAGCAAAUCAAAUAGAAUGAGAUUGGAAUAACUAAGACUUGGAAAAGGAAAUAAUCAUAAUUAUUAUUCAUUCAAAAUAUUUCUCCAUUUCUGAUUGGCUAAAUCCCACACAUAAUUCAUAAUAACCAGCUAUUGUUGACCAAAUUUGGAGGAAUUUUGCGAUAUGUGAACUGAUGAUGUCAGUGGUGUAGCAAAUUGCCAGAUUAUUGAACAGUUAACCGAGAAGACCUGGGGACGAGGUUGAAUUGUUUUGGUAGUGAAUACAAGAUGGCGGAACAUUAAUUCACGUUGGCAGAACAGUUCCAUGGUGCAAGAAAGUCAUUUUUAAAGCUUGCCAUUCGGGCAAGCUGAAGCUAGCAUAUACAAGCCCAAACGUCAUUUCAACUAACCGAAAAAUGUUUUGAUGAGCAGAAUUGAUUUCACAGUUCUUCUGUGAUUUGAAUUCCUCAAAAGACUUCACUUGCCCAAUAGCAAAAUCCACUAGCUCCGGGCUAUCGGACACUACUUUCUUGGCACGCUGAUUUCAUGAGGAAAAAAUAGGUGAACUUUUGGCUAAAAAUAUAGCAAGAACUACAUAGCUUGUUUUUAAACUAGGAAUUAUUUUGAAUAAAUAAUAAGCAAUAAUUCAGUAAUUAUUAUUGAAUUCAGCUUUUGUUUUGGAGAUCUCGGAGGGUGUUCUCUGCCGAGGCCGCAUAACACCCUCCUUGAUCUCCAUAACUCUUCAGAUAAUACUCAGCCUCAUUCAAUAAUUGCUAAUUAUUUUAUGAUGUACAGUAGAACCUCUAUUUAACAAAGUCCUUGUGAUAACAAAGGAUUUUCUUUGUGCCAGUAACAGUAAACUUUAUUAUACGGAACAUUAUAGCGGACAAAUUUUGCCUGUCCCCUGGUCCUUCAUUAUACUAAGGUUCCACUCGAGCAGAAUUAAAAUAUGAAAAUGCGCCUUUAUACCUCUCCAAGCAUGAGGUGCUUUAAUACAAGGGAAAUGCUGAAACACAGCAAGUUUUGCAACUUAACCAUGAAAUCGUUGUCUCGUAAAUUAAGUUAUUAAACUCAUAAUUAUUAUUAUUGUAAUGAAUUUUAAAUAUUCAAGAUAUUUUGGUUCUAGCUGCUUGAGUGAGGUGGCGAGGUUGUAUCUGGGUUGCUAAUACCUGGUACAACUGAAAAAAAAAGGGUUUCAAAAUGAACAAAGAAGUACAUAACUGUAGAUUUAAAAACUGCAGUUAGUAGAGCCUGGAACCUCUACCUGGAUGCAUGAAAACUGGCUGGUUUUUGCCUCAGAAAGACACAAAGAAGAAAAAUACACAAGCAAACCUUGUCCAUUUUUCUAUAGCUCCAUGCAAAUGAAGAAAUUAAAUACAUUAUUAUUAGGUUACUAAAGGAAAAGAUGAAGCUCAAAAUACCCUCUUUUAUUUGAAAAGUCUUAUUACCAAAUUUUAACACUCACGUUGUACCUUUUUUUAUAUACUACACAGCUUUUUAAAGAGGCACUCUUUUUUUCCCUUAUUAUUCAUGGUACUGUGUGUAUCUGUUUUUGUUGUAGAAAAACUUCCGUUCCACUGGUAGAUCUGACGCUGUCAUAUCAGAAAGCAGUAGAUCACCCUAUCCUGGUCUCAAAUCCACUCAGGUCAGUUCAGAUUUGUUAAAUGUAUCAUCCCCUUUAUUUUAUUUUCAAUUAUUGUUUGGCACUAAAUUUCUGCUGGAGUUUAAUUUUGCUGAUACACUGUUGGUGAUUUUUGAAUUUUUUUGUGAACCAAUAUUUGUGAUUGUUAAAACUGAUUUUUCUUGCCGGAAAUAAAUAUUUGCAAGUUGCAAGCACAUUCCUUUAUAAUUAUUAUGUUUGCAUUACAAGCAACUGGAAAUUCCCAUUUAGUACCAGUAUUUUUGAAAAAAUUGGAUUUGUCCAACUUGGGUAUUUAUAAAGAAAUUAGAGUGGUCAUGGUCUUCCCUUUGUUUUCUGUUUGCUGGGCUUUUGGACAUUUGAGGAAAUUUUUUGUAAGCUCUAAAAAUUGGUAUAAAGGCCACGGUUUGAUUCACACUGGCAGGUUCAAACAGGGUAAUUACCUUUGACCUUAUCAAUCUUACUAUUUUACCUAAUGGUAAUUCAGUGAUAAACUUGAUCAACAUAUAAAGCAGUUAAAGAAAGAGCUGUAAAAAUCAAGGCUUAUCCUGACCAAAAUUUAAGCUAAAUAAUUAUGUGAGCUUAGACUGCAUAAUCCUGAGUCAUUUAUCCUGACUUGGUGCAAUGCUAGAUCUGUGAAGUUGAGGUUUGUCAUGAUCACAGCUAAAGAGCGGGCCACUUUGUUGUGAUGGGUACAGAUAAUUAAUGAUAAUUGUUAAUUUUGUUGUUCAUAACUGUAUGUGUUAGUCUCCACUUUUACUUUGGUCCCAUGCUUAAUUGUAACAAAUUGAUUCAAAUGUUAAGGUUUACAGUUAUUAAACAACAUUGCUACAUCCAGCUAUAUUUUAUUUAAGCCUCUAUUGGCUACUAA